AUGAAAACUCAAAAUGGUAUCAAAGUGAAGAUCGUUGAAGAUAAACCACGUUAUGUUUGGUGGAAAGCUUACAGGUUACGGCAAAAACGUAAAGUUUGUAAAGCACGUGCUAAAAAAUCAAGUAUUCAUCUGAUAACAAACCAACAGCAAAGUGAUCCCCACCUGGCUGGGAUAUCUGAGGCGGUAGACACCAAUUGGUCCAUCGACAGUUACCGGCAGCCUAGUGAUACGAAUUCCUUUUGGAAUUUGAAGAAAUGGUUCAUGGAACUGCACAAAGAGACCAUCCCCGAGGACGAAUUGAUUACCCUUGCACAAGCGUUUGCCAAUGCGGAGGCACUGGGAUGUUGCUACCCGCCGGAAUUGAUGGAUCGACUGAAGCGGCUGGGCGAACCGAUAGCACGAGUGUAUCGUAAUUUGAAAACGAACAAGUGUACCCCAACUUUUGUUCCGGCCAGCGAUGCUGCAAGAUUGGACCUGCAUAGGAUAACCUACGGGCAGCAUCUUGAUUAUGUAAAGCAAUGGCACAUUGCAAACCUUCGCCCAAUCAUUCCCACCUACUCGCUGGCGGAAGUGUUUCAAAACAUUGUUGUAGUAAACAAUUCACUAAAAGAAACCACGGAGUGGUUUGAACGUUUGGACUGUGGCACCAUAUCUUUGGUGAUGCAGCAACUAAAGCCUACUGAGUUCGAAGUGAAAGCGUUUGUGUGCAAUAUUUUCAUCACCAAAGCAACCGGUUCGUACGAUCGAGCAUAUUCGCAGUGUGUGGCAGAUCUCAUCGAAAUCUUCAAAAACUACUGCUACCAAGUCAAUUAUAUUACACGCUUUCCCUGCCUUCAGUACAACGUCGAAAAGCUAGUAGAUGAAACGGACGGACAAUCAAAGUGCCUACGUAACGAUAACAUUGGCUACCGAAUGCUGCAGAAACUUGGCUGGACCGGUGGACCACUAGGUUCUAACCACACGGGUAUCAUCGAUCCCAUAAGUGUACCUGCCAAACAUGACCGACGGGGAUUGGGCUGUACAAAACCCACGAAGAAAAAACGAUCCUCCAAAGCCUGCGAGCAGCACUGUUCGAUGGACGUUCCCUUUUAUAACGAUCUGAUGGACGCUGCGCUGGCCCGCAGACCGUACUAUGAUCUUAUAUUUUCUCCGGAAUUCAACGAAAGCGAACGUAUUAUUCUUACCAGGCUUGCGGUCCAGAGAAGACUUCGCUGUGAAACGCGCCUAUUGGAGGACGGACAGAUGCAAUUCACUAUCAAACGAUAUCCGUUGCCGCCACAUGAGGUCCUGCUAAGGGUGCUGGUGGAUAAGGAUCCACUCAUUCGGAAGUUCUACGCAGUCUUACCACCCAAAUUCGGUCGAAUUCCCAAGUGAUCCUCGCACGU